AUGUCGAUAGUUGCUGACCAGGUUCGUCGCGUUGACAGCGCGCUAGAUGGAGUUCUACACCUGGUACCACACUCGGCCAAUGAUGCCUUCUUUGCAGAGCAGAGCCAUCCGAUAUCAUACUCCCCUCGAAUCGUGGAAUUGCAGAGCAUAGUGAAAGCUCUUUCAACGACUUCCUCCUCAAGCCCACUUCUAUCAUCAUGGCGAAUUUCCCAGCUUCUAGAGCGGGCAGCCCUUUCCGAGUUCGUGGCAGAGGACGAGCAGGAUCCAAUUACGAGUAGAUAUGAAGCUGAAUUGGAGUGGCUGUUAGUGAGCAAAGCUACAGUACAGACUUAUGGCCUGUUGAUGAGCACACUGCUGGAGCAAACUAUUCCUCUCAAUAAUGACAUAUGGUACUGGGAUGAGGUGCUGGGAUCAUACACUUAUUCGAGUCUAUACACGGUCCAGACGUCGCCACUGAGAUUCUGGGCGUGGUCGAAGGAUAUCUACAGCGACACAAUAACCCGACUGGAAAGAGUUAGGGAAUCUCCCUCCGACGCCAUAUCUGCGAGAGAAAUUGGGACAAGCCUGACGGAGCAAUGGAAGCAAUUUUACGGGCUCGUCAAGGAGAGUAUAAGAGACAGUUCUGUUGCGCAUAUUCAGCAACAGGUUCUGUCCCCUAUUGCCCUCUGUAGGUCACAAGCCAGACACAAUCAAGCGCGUUUACGACGACUUCGAGAGAUGGGAGCAAGCGGUUUGGGUAUGUUGAUGGAUGAAGGGAUGAACUUCGAAGUCUCUGACGAUAGAUCUGAUGUGGCCAAGACGGAGGAGGGUGAUAUGCAGGAAUGGAAGUUUGUGGUGGAGAGAAGUGUUGCCUUGAUGGAUACUGUUCUACGAAAUGUCACCACACUUGAUACUGGCAUCUCCGAAUUCGAGGAUAAUGUCUUCGCGACUGUAGAUGAUGAUCCAGAAAUCACGACUCGAGAAACUACCCCGACAGAAGUGGCGAGACCCUCGAAGUUAGGCAUGCGUCUUCAGCAUAUCCUCGAGAUCCAUAUCCCGAAUCAUAUUGCAUCCUCUCAGAAUCUCGCAGCAAGAUAUGGUCGUCCUUCAAAACUCAUACGAUACUGGUUGCCAGCAACCGCUCUGCUUUUGUCUUCGACAACUAUUCUAAGGAUUUUCGUCAAUAGAAAGGCAGCAAUCGUGGCUUGGAUUAGAGACCUCGGUGCAACAACUCGGGAUUUCUGGCUCAAUUGGGUCGUUGAGCCUACGAAAAAGGUCAUUGGUACGAUACGUCAUGACAAAGAGAGUGAGGUGGCUAUCAUGAGCAAAGAGAGCCUCAAGGGUGACCGAGAAAGCUUGGAACGAAUGGUGGUCGAUUUUGCAAUGGACAAUCCUCAGAGCUCGACUGGUGAGGUUUCUCUCAGUGAAACUCAAAUAGCUGAUAUCAGAGCCAAGGUCAAGGAAGGCGAUCUCACUCCAGUACUUCGAGCAUAUGAGAAGGAUCUUCGGAAACCUUUUGUGGGUACUGUUCGUGGUGAUCUUGUACGCACGCUGUUGAUCCAGGUUCAAAAGACCAAAGUAGAUGUUGAAGUUGCUCUAAGUGGUAUUGAUGCAUUGCUCAAGAGCCAGGAGCUGGUGUUUGGAUUUGUCGGUCUUACUCCCGGUAUACUGGUCUGUUUUGCCACAUUUCGCUACCUUGGAGGGGUGUUCGGAAGCAGGAGGGGGUUGAAGCAGGGCCAAAAGGCUGGACAGACGGUCAGGGUGCUUCGCAACAUCGAUCGCAUCCUCACACUUGCCACCCCAACACACAACAACUUACUGUCAUACAAAGACCACGGACUGCUGCUGUGCGAGGUUCAUGUCCUGCGACAGCGAGCUCACAAGCUGUUCCCGAACAACGUUGAAAGGGAGUUCCUAGAAGAUCUUUCUGAUCUUGGAAACAUCAAUAGUGGAAUUGGGCAGCAAUUGAGAGUCCUCGAACGUAUUCGAUGGGGUUAUGCCAAAUGGCUGAGGUGA